AUGACAACAUAUUCGGAGGUCCACGUGCGGCAAGCAGACAGCGGCAGCGGUAUUUGCGGCGCGUGUUGCACGAGCCUCUUCGGCAUGGGGAUCUUCGUCUCGAUGUUGGGGGUACUCGGCUGGAACGAGCAGUCGUCCGUCUGUUCGUCGAGAGCGCUUGCAGCAGCCGAGGAAGCUGUGGAGGCCGUGGACUGCGAUGCACGGCCGGAGAUGAACAAGGGCAGUCUCGUCCACUUCGACUGCCCUCUGGCCAGGGAGUCGUUGCCCGAGUGGACGCCAGGAUCCUUCGGCAUCGACGGGGCGGCGGAGGCAUUCAGAGUGAGCGCCGUGAGGGUGACGCAGACGGUGGAAAUGCUUCAGUGCAAGGAAGAGGUCGAGACUCAUAAACGGAAGCAGGGCGACAAGGUGAUCGAGACGAAGACCUACACCUACACGAAGGAGUGGUCCGAUCGUGAGGUGGAAUCCAACGGCUUUAAGGCGUGGAGCGUGGACGACGCGUGGCAGGCGCUCAGCCGCGGCUGUGGCGGCGACUUCAAAGGCAACCGCCCGUUCCCGGUGAGAAGCGCGCAGCGCCACGCCCAGCGGCUGGUGGCGGGCAAUUUCGAUGUCACAAGGCACGUGGGCCGUGUCGCCGCCGAUACGCCCAUUGAUUUCUUGAGCUCUUGGCACGGGUGGCGAUUCCAGCUCGGAGGAGAGACCGCCACCGUGGCGCGCUCGGCCAUCUACUGCGGAUGCCGGCCGGAGGAGCCGGACAGGAACCAGCGGGAUCGGGUGCCCCAGGCCCGCCCUGGUGGCACUGAGGAUGGGCUUGGAGAGACGCCUUCCUCUCCCCAGACCCCCGACGUCAUGAUUUUUUCAUUACGUCGACCCCCAGAGGUCCCGACCCUUUCCCCAUGA